GUUUCGUCAUAGAAUAAAUCGAUCAGGUUUCUAUUAUUCUCAGUAUUCUUCACUUUAUCUCUGGAUUUGUUCGUAAUUUCUGUAGCUACUGUUCCAACCAACUCUCACAUUGCUGAAUAGUUCAGUUUAACUAACCAUGUAGCUGAAGGAUUAAUUUUCCGUGAUUUCUAUAUAAAAAUGCCCGGUCCCAAUAAGAGGAAAAGGUUCCACCGUGGGGAUACGCACCUACAACGUAAGUGGCGAACUAGAAAUCGUACUAAGGAUUUAGACGAAAUUGACAGUGACUUGCAGCCGAAAAAGGCGAAAGAAUUAUUAAAUCAAGAAAUUGAUCCUGAUCAGACUGGUUGUGCGCAGCAUUACUGCAUUCAUUGCGGGCGCUAUUUCAUUGAUGAUCAGGCUCUAGCCGAACACUGCCGCACAAAGUUCCACAAGAGAAGACUGAAAGAACUUGAAACUGAGCCUUAUACCAUUGAAGAAAGUGAGCGAGCCGCUGGUGUUGGUAGUUACGUAGCUCCAAAAAAGCGAAAACUAGACUCUGUCGCUGACUUGAAAGAUGGCACUGUUUUGAUGGACAGCUCUGACACUAAACCUGUCACAGUGUCAUAAUGAACAAGCUACUCUCUUUUUUUACUCUUCAAAAAAACUGUGCAUUCUCCUCGUUGGUGAGGUAUGCUAGUAAUGCCAGUUCAGCAUUAUUUGUCACAGGUGACUUAGGUGCAAAAACAACAUCUAUAAUAGCUCCAUAUAUAGAUCUGCGGGAAGUUCUCAAAGACCCUGAACGGUUACAGAACAAUUUGAAAGCAAGAAAUUUAUCCUUUGAGGUUGAAUCGCUCAAGGACAAAUGGUCUCUCUUGUUAGAUGCAUGUCAAGUUAGAGAUAAACUCUCAAAUCAGCUUGAUUUAAUUGUAGAAAAAAUAAAAAAUGCCCCUGAUGAAGAUGAAGUGAAGAACUUGAAAAUACAUAGAAACAUUGUUAGAGAGGAUCUAAAGUUUGUAGCUCCAAUGAUAACAGAGUUGGAGAAAAUGACUAUCCUUGAAGGUCUAAAGUUGCCUAACUACCUUCACGGUGAUACUCCGUUCGAGGAUGAAGUAGUCAAGGGUGGACAUGAGAGCGAGGAAAAAUUUGAAAAUUCCAAUCUUAGUCAUAUCGAAAUCGGUAAGAAGUUAGAUCUACUUGAGUUUACAAACCCUGUAAAUUAUUAUCUUUUGAAUGAAGCAGCUUUGUUUGAGAUAGCUGUAACAGAAUACUUUGCCAGUAGUUUGCAGAAAUCUCUGGGUUUCAUCAAUUUUAGCAAUGCGGAUUUCUGCCAAAGUGUCAUCAUUGAAGGCGUCGGGCAUGAAGCAAAGGAAGUCAAUGCUGUUUUUCGAUUGGCUGAUUAUGAUAAAAACCCAAAUGAAGAUGAGAAAACUUUUUUAGUUGGAGGAGCAUCUUUAGAGCCUUUUUGUGCGUACCAUUGUAAAAAUACUGUGCAUGCAUCAGCACUCCCUCUUAGAUACGUCACUCAAGGGCGGAGUUACUCCAAUCUUUCUCUAUACGAUCUAGAAGGCUUGUACAAUGUUAUUCAGACAAACUGCGUUCACAUUUUUGCAGCUACUGCGGAUGAUGAAGCUGCCAUGAUGAGCGAGUUUAAUCUACUACUAAAUAAUAUUGUUAAACUCUAUGAGAAAUUCAAUUUUAAUUUCAGAUAUUCUUUUGUCCCUGCCUCACAACUGAAUGUGUGGGAGUGUUUAAGAGUUAGUUUUCAGAUUCUUUCACCGUAUCAUGGAAGAUAUAUUGAAGUAGGAAACUUAGCAAUAAGUGAUGAUUUUAUUAGUAAGCGCCUCAGAAUGCACUACCAUGAGGUGAAGCGGGAUCUUAAGUUCAUGAAAAUUCUUUCUGGGAGCGUUGUUAAAGUUGCACCUCUUCUCGCUUGUAUUUUAGAGCGUAAUCAACAGAAGUUCAUCAUUCCUGAGUGUCUAAGCGAUCAUGUUCUGUAAAACAGUUUCUGAAUUAUUAAAAUAUUUUUACCACCAUA